AAACAAGAUGGCUGUGCGCGCAGGAGGAGCAGCGGCGGCGGAGGAGAGCUGAGGCAAUGCAGAGGAGGAAGCAGAGGAGGGGGGGCGAGGAAUUCACUUCUGUGUGUCUUUCUUGUCCUGCCAAAAGAGCAACAGCCCCACAGAGGAGGAGACGACACGCUUCCGAGAUGGUGCUGAUUUGUUUCCGUUACCUUUUACGGUAACGGUUUUUAACGGGGCUUUUUUAUUUUUUUUUUUUUAACAACGGACUGACCAAACAAAUCACGGAGCGCUGAGUAGAGGACAGCCGGGGACGCUCAACACCGCUACCAGAGAUGUCCCUGCUGUGUGUGGGAGUGAAGAAAGCCAAGCUGGAUGGACCCCAAGAGAAGUUCAACACUUACGUGACUCUAAAAGUACAAAAUGUGAAGAGCACAACCAUCGCUGUCAGGGGCAACCUGCCCAGCUGGGAGCAAGACUUCAUGUUUGAAAUUAACCGCCUGGACCUGGGUCUGACAGUAGAGGUGUGGAACAAAGGAUUAAUCUGGGACACCAUGGUUGGCACUGUGUGGAUUCCACUUCACAGCAUCCGGCAGUCCAAUGAGGAAGGUCCAGGGGAGUGGCUCACACUGGACUCUCAGGUCAUCAUGGCUGAUAAUGAGAUCUGUGGCACCAAAGAUCCCACCCUCCACCUGGUUUUACUCGAUACGCGCUUCGAACUGCCUCUAGAUAUCCCAGAGGAUGAAGCACGGUACUGGGCCAAAAAACUGGAGCAGCUCAAUGCCAUGAGGGACCAAGAUUACUCAUAUCAGGAGGAACAGGAACGCCCUCUGCGUGCGCCAGGAACCCAGUGCUGUAACUGGAGUCUGUGGGGAGACCAACAAAAUGAAGACCCAGAUAGUGCUGUGGAUGACAGAGACAGCGACUACCGCAGUGAAACCAGUAACAGCAUCCCCCCUCCCUACUACAGCACAUCCCAACCCAACGCCUCUGUCCACCAGUAUCCUAUCAGCCACCAGCACCGCAACUCCAGAAGCUUCUCUUACCCUCGCUCUGGCAACAGCCAUGACCUCGACUACCACCAUCAGAGGACUGUCAGUCCCACUGGGAGCUAUGCAUCAUCUGCAGAGCUCAGCCGGUGCAGCAGUCAGCUGAGCGAGGAAGACUAUGGUGGUGAGUACGGGGAGAGGGACCUUUACGAUGAGAAUGACUCCUACCAUUCCUGUCACUCCUCCGUUAGCUACAGUAAAGGCUCUCCAGACUGGGACCCUGAUGAGACCCAGGGGGCGUACAGCGAUGAAGGUGGCUACAGCAAAGAUGGAGGAGAAGAGGCUGCUCUGUAUGAGGAGGAUGACGGAGGACUGUUGUAUGAAGGAGAAGAGGAAGGCCUCUAUGAGGAUGAGGAGAUGAUGUAUGAUGAUGAGGAUUUGUACAAUUUGGAUGGGACCCUCAGUGAGGACAUGGAACCUCCCUUCACUCCCACUCCAACCUCAACUGCCCCUCCAGCACUUGAUGUACCCAACUCCAGGCCCCCUCUAGAGAAGCAAAACUCCCUACACCAACAGCAGCCUCCUGCUCAACCCUCUAACCAGUCCAACCAGGCUCAUUCUUCUGGUAUGGCACCAACAACACAGCCCCCUUCUGGUCAACAAACAGCCCAACCGCCUAAACAACCCCAGACCCAAACACAACCCCAGCCGCAGCCAGCUCCUUCUGCCACGUCCUUCUUCUCCAUGGCCAAACCUCUAACAGCUGCUGUCACAGGGUUGGCUUCCAGUUUCCUGUCUUCUGUCCCCACAGCCCAGCCAGCUCAGUCUCACCCUCCACCUUCAGCUGUAUCUCAGCAAAACCAUUCUGCUGCAGCUAACUCUGUCCCUCCAUCUCACCCAGCCACUUUGGCUAACUCAGCCCCUGCUGCGUCCCAGCCCCCUUCCAAAGCAAUGGGCCCUUCAUCUGAGCAGACCCCGUCUAAUCUCAAUGAUCCGGCGACCCAGUCAAUGUCAUUUGAAGACCAGGCACCCGUGGUUGAGGAGGAACCAUGGCUAGAGCAGGAAACAAUGCUGGAGAAGGAGGCCAGAACGCCUCCCGCACAGAAUGAAGAGAUGAUUCCCACGGAGCAGAAAGAGGAGAAUUUUGAAGAAAGCAGACCCGUGACCCCAGAUGAGGAAAAAGAGAUGCCACCUGAGAGUCCUCCAGUAACAGAGGAGCCCAAAGAGCCAGUUGAUCCAGCAGUUAGAGCCAAAGAGAACUGGCACAGACUCUACAACAAGGUCUUAGAACAACUCCGGGAGUUUCAUGUCAUUGCCAUAGUGACACUCACAUGCACUUUGCUCGGCCAUCAUUGGAGCAUGCUGACAGGCUCGAGGAGAGACUCCAACUCACUGUGGUUUGGUAAAGGAGGAAUGGGAGGUGCACUAUACAGUAUUGACAGCAUGCCCGACCUUCGCAAGAGAAAAGCCAUUCCUCUAGUCAGAGAUCUGGCGAUGUCUCUGGUGCAGAACUCACGUAAAGCUGGAAUCACCUCGGCCAUGGCCUCCACUACUCUCGGCAAUGAGGAGCUGAAGAUUCAUGUUUAUAAAAAGACCCUGCAGGCUCUGAUCUACCCCAUCUCCUCCACUACACCACACAACUUUGAGGUGUGGACAGCUACCACUCCCACCUAUUGCUAUGAAUGUGAGGGACUACUGUGGGGCAUCGCACGUCAAGGCAUGCGCUGCUCAGAGUGCGGUGUCAAAUGCCACGAAAAGUGCCAGGAUCUGCUCAAUGCCGACUGUUUGCAGAGAGCUGCAGAGAAGAGCUCCAAGCAUGGCGCAGAGGACCGGACCCAGAACAUCAUCAUGGUCCUAAAGGAUCGCAUGAAGAUCAGAGAGAGGAAUAAGCCAGAGAUCUUUGAGCUAAUCCAGGAAGUGUUUGCCCUCGACAAAGCAACGCAUGCCAUGCACAUGAAACAGAUCAAGCAAAGUGUGCUUGAUGGGACCUCCAAAUGGUCAGCAAAAAUCAGCAUCACAGUGGUGUGUGCCCAGGGCCUUCAGGCUAAAGAUAAAACAGGCUCCAGCGACCCUUAUGUAACUGUUCAAGUUGGAAAAACCAAGAAGAGGACAAAGACUAUCUAUGGGAACCUCAACCCUGUCUGGGAAGAGAGCUUCCACUUUGAAUGCCACAACUCAUCUGACCGCAUCAAGGUCCGUGUGUGGGAUGAAGACGAUGACAUCAAGUCUCGCGUGAAACAGAGGUUCAAACGUGAGAGCGAUGACUUCCUGGGUCAAACCAUCAUCGAAGUCCGCACUCUGAGCGGGGAGAUGGACGUCUGGUACAAUCUAGACAAGAGAACAGACAAGUCUGCUGUGUCUGGAGCAAUUCGGAUGCACAUAAGUGUGGAGAUCAAAGGAGAGGAGACGGUGGCUCCUUACCAUGUCCAGUACACCUGUCUGCAUGAGCAUUUGUUCCAGUACACAACUGAGGAGCAAAAUGGCGGUGUGGUAAAGAUUCCCGACGCCAAAGGAGAUGAUGCCUGGAAGGUGUACUUUGAUGAAACGGCUCAGGAGAUCGUUGAUGAGUUUGCCAUGAGAUACGGAGUGGAGUCCAUCUACCAGGCCAUGACCCACUUUGCCUGCUUGUCAUCGAAGUACAUGUGCCCAGGAGUGCCAGCCGUGAUGAGCACACUACUUGCCAACAUCAAUGCUUACUACGCCCACACCACCCAGUCCUCCAACAAUGUUUCAGCCUCAGACAGAUUUGCUGCAUCAAACUUUGGAAAGGAGAGGUUUGUCAAACUGCUGGAUCAGCUGCACAACUCACUGAGAAUUGACUUGUCCAUGUAUCGGAAUAACUUUCCUGCCAGCAGUCCUGAAAGACUGCAAGACCUCAAGUCUACUGUUGACCUUUUGACUAGUAUCACUUUUUUUAGGAUGAAGGUCCAGGAGCUGCAGAGUCCCCCAAGGGCAAGUCAGGUGGUUAAGGAUUGUGUAAAAGCCUGUCUCAACUCCACCUACGAAUACAUUUUCAACAACUGCCAUGACCUCUACAACAGGGAAUAUCAGACAGACCCUUCAAAAGCUGUCCCUCCAGAUGAGCAGGGUCCCAGCAUCAAGAACCUGGACUUCUGGUCAAAACUCAUCACCCUUAUUGUGUCCAUCAUAGAGGAGGACAAAAACUCGUACACUCCUUGCCUUAAUCAGUUUCCCCAGGAACUCAAUGUGGGCAAGAUCAGCGCUGAAGUCAUGUGGAACAUGUUUGCACAAGAUAUGAAGUACGCUAUGGAGGAGCAUGAGAAGCAUCGCCUGUGCAAAAGUGCAGAUUAUAUGAAUUUGCACUUCAAGGUGAAGUGGCUCUAUAAUGAGUACUGCAAAGACCUUCCCACUUUCCAGAAGCACGUACCUGAAUAUCCAGCCUGGUUUGAGCCAUUUGUCAUCAUGUGGUUGGACGAGAAUGAGGAAGUGUCCAGAGAUUUUCUCCACGGGGCUCUCGAGAGGGACAAAAAAGAUGGGUUCCAGGUAACGUCAGAGCAUGCUCUGUUCUCCUGCUCAGUGGUGGACGUGUUCUCUCAGCUCAAUCAGAGCUUUGAAAUCAUCCGUAAACUGGAGUGUCCCGACCCUCAGAUCGUUGGAAACUACAUGAAGAGAUUCGCUAAGACGAUUGGCAAUGUCCUGCUGUCUUAUGCUGACAUCAUAGCAAAGGACUUUCCAAAUCAUGUCAAGAAAGAGAAAGUGCCAUGUAUCAUAAUCAAUAACAUCCAGCAGCUCAGAGUUCAGCUGGAGAAGAUGUUUGAGGCCAUGGGAGGCAAAGAUCUCAAUGUGGAGGCCAGCGACUUCCUGAAAGAGCUGCAGAACAAACUGAAUAGCGUCAUGGAUGACCUCAGCCGCAUCUUUGCAGUCAGUUUCCAGCCGCAGAUCGAGGAUAACGUGAGGCAAAUGGGGGACAUCCUAGCCCAGGUCAAAGGUCAGACUGUCCCAGCAAAUGGCAGUGUAGUGCAGGAAGCUGACAAUGUCCUGCAACCCAUCAUGGACUUCCUGGACAGCAACUUAUCACUGUUUGCUAAGAUCUGUGAGAAGACGGUCCUGAAGAGAGUGCUGAAGGAGCUGUGGAAGCUGGUGAUGAACACGAUGGAAAAAACAAUCGUGCUUCCGACACUUACUGACCAGACGGGCACUCAGAUGAUCUUCAAUGCUGCAAAGGAGUUGGGACAGCUUUCCAAGCUGAAGGAACACAUGGGCCGAGAGGAGGCCAAGGCUCUGACUCCUAAGCAGUGUGCGGUAAUAGAGCUAGCGCUGGACACCAUUAAGCAAUACUUCCACGCUGGCGGUGUUGGCCUGAAGAAAACAUUUCUGGAAAAGAGUCCGGAUCUGCAGUCUCUGCGCUACGCCCUGUCUCUGUACACGCAGGCCACAGACAAGCUCAUCAGGAAGUUUGUCCUCUCGCAGAACGCUCAGGUCCAUGGAGGAAAAGGGAUCAGGUGCACAGCGAACGAAGACACACCACCAGAAAAAGCGUCUGGAGUGGAUGCAGUCGGUGAGGUGGUCAUGAAUGUGGACAUUUUACCCCAGCCUAAUGGAGAACACAAGAUCAGUGUGAAAGUGGUCGCUGCUAAUGACCUGAAAUGGAAAGCACAGGGCUUCAGGCCUUUCGUCGAAGUCUACAUCAUCGGCCCUCACCUGAGUGACAAGAAGAGGAAAUUUGCCACCAAGUCCAAGAACAACAGCUGGUCGCCAAAGUUCAAUGAGAGCUUCCAGUACUCGCUGGGCACUGAGGUCGGGCCGGAGAGCUACGAGCUGCAAGUGUGCGUGAAGGACUACUGCUUCGCCAGGGAGGACCGCACCGUGGGCAUGGCCGUGCUGCAGGUGAAGGACAUAGCCAGCAAAGGCAGCGUCACCUGCUGGAUGCCGCUGGGCAGACGCGUCCACAUGGACGAGACGGGCCUGACGGUGCUGCGCAUCCUCUCUCAGCGCAACAACGACGACGUGGCGAAAGAGUUCGUCAAACUCAAGUCAGACCAGCGUUCGGCCGAAGAGGGCCGCAGCUGAGGCGAGGAAGAGGAGAGCGAGAGAGCACGUGUGCACAGAGACGUACCUGACCGGCAAAGUGUUACGCACACAUACUACUCACACCUGCAUAGUUAGACAACCACGUGCAAUACACAAGCACACACAUAAAAAUGCUCAGUUGUACAUAUCUCGCUUACAUUAUGCAACAUUUACAUCGCAAUGUUAUCAAUGCAAACAUGCAGGAAUAUGUUUAUAUGAAUCUCAUUAGUCAUUUCCCCCAAAAACUCCACUGAAGCCUCACAUCCCCAUCCCUCACUCACUCUUUCCUGCCACACGACGCCUUUUAUAUGCCGCGCAUUUAGAUGUGAGAUAACGCUCAAUGCAUCGACAACAAGUCCAUGUGAAUAGGUUGAGAAUGACCACUUUGCACUUUGCUCCUCUGCAUAGCUACGUUCCAUUCAGCUUGUCCGUGCGUCCGUCUGCUUGCCUUCCUGACUGUGUGUUGUUCUUCCAGUCCGUCUCCCCGACCCUCGUUGUUUUGCUCUUUGUAGGCUUCCCACGAUGUGACUUAUUGUGUAAUUUGGAGUUCAGACACAGAUCUAAGAUCAGCCCUCCUUCCCCUCAAAAACAGACAAACAAAAAAAAAAAAAAACACACUACACUGACCCUGGAUCAUCUGACAUCCAAGGUCAACAUCACUGCUAGUCCUGUAAUGUAAUCUCCUGCAUGUUGACCCCCAGGAACACUGUGAUUAUACCGUUCCCACUCCCAUGUUAAAGAUGGGUACCUCCAAUAUGUUGUCUGUGUGAGCAUGGUGCAUUUAACCCCGGUACGGUGAGGUUUUUAUAAAAUGUGACAUGACUAAGCAUUGUCAUCGUGGAGAAGACACACCACCAGUGGAUCCAUGACGUGCCAUGACGUGUGACGUGCCGUUAGGGGCAAAAGCCGCGGCCACACACAAUGUGCAGUUUUUAAAAUGUUUCUUGUUGCUUCACGUCACAACAAAAUGGAGCAAUACCCCGACGUCUUACCUUCCCCUCCCCCCUGAAGAGUGCACAUUAAUUU